AUGUCACAACUAGUGCCAACACCGGACCACACGCAGACCGACCUCGUGGAGGAACCUCCGUGGAAGAAACUCAAGUUGUCUCUGGAGCGCCCCUACAAAGAUGAUAGUGGCGAGCCGAUACCUGAGCUCUUGGAUAUCACGCCGGAAGGGCAGCAUGUUUACCGCCCGCGUGAAGACCCCACCGCUACAGUUGGGACGAAGCUACGGCGGAUUUUCGUAGAACGCGGCCAUGAUUUUUUUGAAGUACACAAGAACUCGCGCACAUUGCCACCGCUACAAUCCCAAGAUGCGGCACCACACGAGGAGGACGACAUGGAGGAUGAUGCGCCCGCUGAGACCUCUCACACGAUGACUCCUGAAGAGCUCUACAAGAUGCGCAUGAACUUGCUACCUCAGCUCUACAUCGCGUUCGGAGAGAUGACCCAGGCGCGAGAUCUCCUGACCCUCCUGCUCUCCUCAUCAACGCCCUCGCAGGCCUCUUCACUACCGCCCGCGCCACUUGCUGCGACUGUGGUCAACAAGCCCCCACCGAUAGUGUCCGUACGCGCAUUCGACGCGCAGCUGGCUAUAGGCGGGAAGGACAAGGCGUUGCGCGCGGCCGCCGACCUCUUCAAAGGAGCCGCCGAGCAAAUGGAGGAAAGCCGUGUAGCUGGCGAAAAGUACUGGUUGGACGCGCUCAAAAUACGCCGAGGGAACUGGGGCUUGAUCCCUGCACCUCUACCCCUCGGCUCAGUCAUUGGAAAGGGGGCAGACAAGACCUCGAAGGAUUUCCUGAUCACUUUUGGACUGGAAGAAUCUCCUCCUGUAUUCCGAAGACGUGCCAUUGGCCGCAUGGCCGCGAUGGGCCGUGUCGAUUCCGGAAACGCCCUCGAGUUCCCCGUGCGCCAACGGACCCGUUUGCGUAUCUCUCUGACCCGGACAAGCCCGGAUGGAAACCGGUGCACGUCUCAUAGCAUCCUAACCAACCCGGACAACGGUUCCCUGGACGGCGGAUUGCGCGCGGCGCAAGCCGAGGUUGUAGAGCAGGAGAUAUUCGCCGCGCUCAUCAAGGAAGCGAGCAGCCUUCCUACCGCUUCGGCCGAGGUAUCGGAGCGCCUCAUCAUGAUCGACGCUGGGCAAAAUACCGAGCUUCGCUUCGAGCUAGUCGACGCAGACAGUAUGGCCAUCACGUCUAGCGGACGUACCGAUCCCGUAUGCGACCUUAUCUUUUCCUCCCUGCACGUCCUCCUGCUACGGGCGCAUUCCGUGCUGAAGGUGCAGCGCUUGAGCAGGAUUAGCAUAUUCCGUCCAGGCAUCGUGCCCCCCGCAGUACAGCCACCCCCGCUCCUACAGCCUAUCAUCGACAUCCUGCAGUACCGUGAGUUCUGGGAGCGCGUGCGCGACGAGAUCGACCAUGUCGUGAAAGCCCUGCGGCUCGCGGGUGUGUCCGCGCGAGUACACUACGACCCUGUCGCAGACAGCGGUGAGGCGCUUGGCCGAUCUCUCCAGAACGAGAAGAUGGACCCGGUCGGCGGUGAAGCUUUGCUACGCAUCGACGACAGGCAUACCCUCCGCUUUACCACAACCUCGCCAUCGACACUUACGGCGCAUCUUCCGCAAGCUACGCUCCCAAUCGCGUCCAUAUUCCAGCUCACGCAGCUGCUCGUCGACGAGAUUAGCAGCCGUCUGCUGUAUCGAAUAUGCGACAUCGGGACUGAGCGGUGCAAGACGGUCAACGGAACGUGGUUCGUGGAUCUUCUCAGCGGCAGAAGCGUCGGGAAAUGGGAGGGUUGUGUGUUGUGA